AUGAUGAAUCUUGGACGUCGACUAGUGCAGAAAGUGUCGGACCCUGUGCUCUUCGGGCAUUGCGUAGAGGUCUUCUACAAAGACGCCUUCGAAAAACACGCCGCGCUCUUCCAAGAGCUCGGGGUCAAUCCCAAUAACGGUGUGGGUGAUGUCUAUGUGAAGAUCAAGGGACACCCAAAGGAGGCGGAGGUGGAAAAGGAUCUCAUGGCCUGCUACGAGAAACGGCCGCCCUUGGCCUACGUGGACAGUCGCCGUGGCAUCACCAACCUGCACGUUCCAUCUGACGUCAUUGUGGACGCUUCCAUGGCUGCCGCAGUGCGCGAUGCCGGGCGCAUGUGGACCAAGGAGGACACCUUGUGUGAUGCAAAGUUCGUCAUACCAGACCGGUGCUAUUCCGGGAUCUACGAUGUCGUCAUCAAGGACUGCCAGGCCAAUGGCAAGCUGGACGCAGCCAAGAUAGGUGCCACGAGUAACGUGGGACUCAUGGCCGCAAAAGCGGAAGAGUAUGGCUCCCACGACAAGACCUUCGUAGUGCCGGAGGAUGGGAAAGUGCAAGUGGUUCAGCGUGACGGCGGUAAGGUGCUGAUGUCCCAUGAAGUCUCGAAGGGCGACGUUUGGCGCAUGUGUCAAACCAAAGAUGGCCCGAUUCAAGAUUGGGUGAAACUGGCCGUGGUUCGAGCACGUGCCACUGAUACGCCGGCAAUCUUCUGGUUAUCCGAAGAGCGAGCGCAUGACCGCAGUAUGAUCUCGAAGGUGAACACGUAUUUGAAGAGACACGACACCGAAGGUUUGGACAUUCGCAUCCUGUCCCCAGAGGAGGCCAUGAAAUUUACCCUCGAGCGGGCCCGAAAGGGCCUGGAUACCAUCACGGUCACUGGCAACGUCCUCCGUGACUACUUGACGGACUUAUUCCCCAUCUUAGAGCUUGGCACCAGUGCAAAGAUGCUCUCGGUGGUUCCUUUGUUAGCGGGCGGCGGCAUGUUUGAGACUGGCGCAGGUGGUUCUGCGCCCAAACAUGUGCAGCAGUUCAUGCAGGAGGGUCACCUCAGAUGGGAUUCCUUGGGUGAAUUCAUGGCGAUGACGGUGUCACUGGAGGACGUUGCCUUGAAGACCAACAACCCCGAUGCGAAGGUCAUGGCUGAUACUCUCUCCACCGCAGUAGGUCAAGUGCUGGAUGGCGGCAAAUCGCCUCAACGCAAGGCCGGCGCGUGGGUUAAUCUACGUGACUACACAGGGCGAUGGAGCUAG